AUGGCCACGGUACGGGCCGUCUUCCUCGGCUUCCUCGCCUCGGCCAACUGGAUCACCCUCGCCGUGGGGCGGCUCUCCCACCUGGGACCCGACGCCGGUCCUGUCGCCAAGCAGAUCGAGUUCUCGUCUUGGAGCCGGUCAGGCUCUUCGCCCUGCCCGGUCUGGCCGUGA